AAAAUUGAUAUCAUUUCACUGCAUUUUGCAUCAGCAAAAUCUUUGCGCAAAAUCUACCAUUUUGCAAGACACUCUGGAUAGAACCAUUGCCAUUGUCAACUAUAUUCGCGUAAAUGCAAUGCGUCAUCGUGAAUUUCGGCAGAUGCUCUCUUUAGAUGAGGAAACGUAUAGUGUUGACCUACCAUACUACUGCAAGGUUCGCUGGCUAUCAACAGGUCAGGUUUUGAUAAAAGUUUUGUCUUUACGACGACAAAUUUUAAACUUUUAUCAAGAACAAGGAAAACAAUGUGAUCUAUCAGAUGAAGUAUUUCUCAGAAACCUUGCAUUUUUGUCUGAUAUGAUGACAAAACAAAACAAUUUAAAUAUUUGCCUGCAAGGUGAAACGAGGUAUAUUUAUGAAAUGUGGCAAAAGAUCCAAGCGUUUAGAAAAAAAUUAUCAUUUUUCAAAACAUUGCUUUGUCGAUCGGAAAUAUCUGCACAACACUUCCCGGAGCUAGCUAAAAUGUUAAAUGAGCAGAACUGUGAAAAUAAAAUAUUCGAUGAAUAUGUAGGUGUCUUGGAUUGUUUAAUAGAAGAGUAUACUAAUAGAUUUUCUGAUUUUGACGAGCACACUCCUGCUAUGAAACUGGCAUUUGAACCACAUUUAAUAGAUAUAUCCGAGGCUCCUGCAGAACUACAAAUGGAGUUAAUUGAUUUAGGGGAAGAUAGUAUCAUCAAAUCCCUUUUUAACGCUAAAAAGGAUCCCAUAGAAAUCUGGAAAAAUGCUGUUGAAUAUCCAUGCCUUCGAGAACAUGCUCGCCGUUUACUUUCCUGCUUCGGAAGUACCUACUGUUGCGAGACAACAUUUUCUCUCAUGUCAAAAAUAAAAACAAAUUUAAGAACGCAAAUUACAGAUGCACAUUUAGAGGAUCAAUUAAAGCUGUGUGUUACGAAGCUUGAUCCAAAUAUACAAUUACUGUCAAACAAAAAACAAAGCCAAAUAAGUCACUAACUUAGUGAAUAAAAAAAUAUUUUUUAUUGUAUUUUUUUAUAAUAUUUUUAUAUUAUUUUAUAUGUAUA